UUCACGAGCACGAUGGGUGACACUGCCGCUGAAGAAAUUCAGAAAUUGAACAUAAAUGAAAAGGCAGGAUAUUAAAUAAUUUACUUAGUUAUAAAACCGACUUAUUACUUUGUGUUUUUCAAGUGAUGUUAAAGUUAUUCAACCUUCGCGGGCGCUGUGUUGUCCGCCUGAAGGAUACCUAUGCCACAUGGUCUCAGAAGAAAGCCAUGAAGGAGAAAAAGAAGAAAACUGAAGAUUCUGGGGGUGUAUCGGAGCUGAACCCUUGGCCUGAGUAUAUUCAGAAGAGGAUUGAUCUCUGGGAUAAAUAUAAGGCCCAGUAUGUGGAAGAACUGGCUUCGAAGCCAGAUGUACACAUUGUUGUGACUCUGCCUGAUGGAAAGACAGUGGAAGCGAAUGCUUGGAAGACUACUCCAUAUGAUGUGGCUAAAGGAAUAAGCCAAGGUCUAGCGGACUCCACCAUCAUUGCUCGGGUCAACAAUGAGCUCUGGGACCUGGACCGGCCUCUGGAAGGAGACUGCAAGCUGGAGCUCCUCCGAUGGGACAACACGGACGCCCAGGCUGUCUUCUGGCACUCCUCAGCACAUAUGCUUGGAGAGGCCUUAGAGAGGGUUUACGGAGGAUGCCUAUGUUACGGACCUCCUAUUGAAGAAGGAUUCUACUAUGACAUGUACUAUCCUGAGAAAGGGAUAUCCUCGACUGACUUCCACGUGUUGGAAGGUCUGAUAAAGAAGAUAGCUAAAGAGAAGCAGCCGUUUGAACGGCUGGAGCUGACCAAGGAACAAUUGCUGGAAAUGUUUGACUACAAUCCAUUCAAGGUCCGCAUUUUGAAUGAGAAAGUGAACACGCCGACCACAACUGUGUACAGAUGUGGCCCACUGAUAGACCUGUGCCGCGGACCGCAUGUGAGACACACGGGCAAGGUCAAAGCUGUCAAAGUCACCAAGAACUCCGCGACAUACUGGGAAGGCAAAGCGGACGCUGAGAGUCUCCAGCGAGUGUACGGAGUGUCGUUCCCGGAGCCGAAGCAGCUCAAGGAGUGGGAGACCAUACAGGAGGAGGCGGCCAAACGGGACCACAGGAAGAUUGGCAAGGAACAAGAGUUAUUCUUCUUUCACGAGUUGUCCCCCGGCUCCUGUUUCUUCCAGCCGCGCGGCGCUCACAUUUACAACACGCUGGUCAACUUCCUGAGGGAACAGUACAGGGUACGCGGCUUCCAGGAAGUGGUGACGCCCAACAUGUACAACUCCAAAUUGUGGCAAACGUCCGGCCACUGGGCGCACUACGCCGACAACAUGUUCUCUUUCGACGUGGAGAAGGAAACGUUCGCAUUGAAACCGAUGAACUGUCCGGGCCAUUGCAUAAUGUUCGACAACCGCAUUCGAUCAUGGCGCGAGUUGCCCCUGCGCAUGGCGGACUUCGGCGUUUUGCAUCGCAACGAGCUGAGCGGCGCGCUCACCGGCCUCACGCGCGUGCGCCGCUUCCAGCAGGACGACGCGCAUAUAUUCUGCGCACCCCAACAUAUCGAGCAGGAAAUGAUCGGUUGCCUUGAGUUUUUGGAGCACGUGUACUCGACAUUCGGCUUCACGUUCCAGCUGAAGUUGUCCACCAGACCCGAGAAGUACCUCGGAGACCUCGCCACUUGGAACCAGGCGGAGAAGGCUUUGGAAGACUCGCUCAACCGCUUCGGCAAGCCGUGGCAGCUGAAUCCAGCAGAUGGCGCUUUCUACGGCCCCAAAAUAGACAUCACCAUACAAGACGCUUUGAGGAGGUCACACCAGUGUGCCACCAUACAACUGGACUUCCAACUGCCCGAGAGAUUCAACCUUAGCUAUGUCAGUGAGAGCGGCGAGAAGAAGCGUCCAGUGAUAAUCCACCGUGCUAUCCUCGGCUCCGUGGAGCGCAUGGUGGCCAUCCUGGCCGAGUCGUACGCGGGCCGCUGGCCGCUGUGGCUCAGCCCGCGGCAGCUCUGCGUGGUGCCCGUCGGGCCCGCCUUCGACCACUACGCCGUGCAGGUGAAUAAGCAGCUCUUCGAAGCUGGCUUCAUGUCGGAGGUGGACACCGACGCGGGAGACACCCUCAACAAGAAAGUCAGGAACGCUCAGCUUGCACAGUUCAACUUUAUAUUGGUGGUGGGCGAACGUGAGAAACAAUCUGGGACAGUCAACGUGCGCACUCGGGACAACAAGGUGCACGGCGAGAUGUCAGUACAGGGCCUCAUCGACCAUCUGAAACAACUGGUUAAAGACAAAACCUUGUCUGAUGACUGCAACCUCUUAAAAUAGGGUUAACUUUAAAACUUUAGGAAACUUUUAAGUCUCACUCUGACACUCUUUUACACUGGGGCAGCGUGACACAUGUCGCAUAUUAUCAAUGAUACCUCGUGAAAAG